AUGGUUGUUGGAUUUUUCCACGGAAAGACAUCGGAGUCUGUUGAGGACCCCACCCCGCGUCCACAAUCCCCACCAGCCGUCUGCCAAACCCCGGAAUGUAUCCACGCCGCGUCAGAGAUCCUCUAUAACCUCGACCCUAAGUACAAUGAGAUCGACCCCUGCACUGAUUUCGACCAAUAUGUCUGCGGUGGAUGGAGAGAGCGCCAUGACAUGCGUGCUGACCAGGGUUCCAUUUUCGCUGGGACAAUUAUGGAGGAAAAUGCCGAAACCACCCUUCGACAUGUUUUGGAGCAGUCCAAAGCUCGAGAUUCGGCUGAUGUCAACAACUUUGAGAAGAUUAAAGCUGCCUACGACGCCUGCUUGGACGAAUCUGUGAUCAAACAACGCGGCAGCAAGCCCCUAGAUGACCUGCUCGCCAGGCUGCAGAGCAUCUAUCCUUCCAAGAGUGGAUUGAUCGCCGGAACCCAAGAUCAUCUUACCAGUGCACUCUUGUUCCUGAUGAAAUCUGGAGUUGAGGCACUUGUAUCAUCCGGCGUUUCUGCUGAUGAUCGGGACCCUGACAAUGUCAUUAUUUCUGUGUCACCGCCGCGCAAGAUUGGACUUCCUGCACUGGAGUAUUACAACAAUACAGAAAUUGUGAGCAAGUACACCAAUGUUCUGAAGGAGGUGCUCCAAGGAUUUGGAGGCAACGACAAAAUCGCCGAGAACAUCGUCGCAUUUGAAAAAAAGAUUGCCAAUGUGACUCCUGAUACUCAGACACAGGAGGAUGUGACUAAGUACUACAAUCCACGAACCAUCAAGGAGACUGAAUUGCUGCUUCCUGAGGUCUCCUUUGUCGACAUAAUUACAGAGUUGGCCCCUCAUGAAUAUAAGGGAGACCGCUUGAUUGUUGGCUCACCCACAUAUAUGAAAGCUUUGUCUGACAUUUUGAAUGAUGCAUCGCGGGAGACUGUUUCAUUCUUUUUGCAAUGGAAGCUCAUCCAGCGAUAUGCUAGCUACAUUGAAGAUGACAAAGUCAGCUCGAUACAUCGGUUUGAAAAUGAGUUGGCCGGUAAAGACCCGCAGGCCACCGAAGAACGCUGGCGUAAGUGCAUCAAUCACCUCGACGAAAGUCUCGGCUGGAGCCUUAGCCGAUUCUACGUCCUGAGCUCAUUCUCCGAGGAAUCCAAGAAGCUCGGCGACCAGAUCGUUUCCGAUAUCAAGGAGCGAUUUGUUUUCACACUGGACCAGACUUCUUGGAUGUCUUCGGAGGUUCGCAAGCUCGGUAUCAAGAAGGUAGAGAACAUUGUCCAGAAGAUAGGGUUUCCAACCAAGAGCCCCAAUGUGCUGGAUGCACAAGAUGUUGAGAAAUACUACCAUGACCUAGAGGUGGCCAACUCUACUUACUUUGAGAAUGCACUGGCCACUUCCAAGUUCGAGCUUCACGGUGAAUGGUCAAAGCUGGGCAAGCCAACAAACCGGGAUGAAUGGGAUAUGACUGCCUCAACGGUCAAUGCCUACUACAACCCACCUGGAAAUGAGAUUGUUUUCCCCGCUGGUAUCAUGCAGCCACCAGCGUUCUAUGGACCGAAUGCCCCGUUGUAUCUCGCCUAUGGUGCAUUUGGCUCUGUCAGCGGCCAUGAGCUCUCGCACGCAUUUGACUCGACCGGUCGCCAUUACGACGAGAUCGGAAAUUACACCGACUGGUGGGACGAUAAGACCGUCGAAGAAUUCGAGAAGCGAGCCCAGUGUUUUGUUGACCAGUAUUCCGACUUUACUGUGGAAGGUCCAGGGAAUAAGAUUCUUCAUGUCAAUGGACGCUUGACCCUAGGUGAGAACAUUGCCGAUGCUGGUGGGCUCACUGCCUCAUUCCACGCCUGGAAGAAGCACGACGAGGCCAAGCCUGAUCUUCAUCUCCCUGGCCUGUCGAAUUUCAGCAAGGAACAGCUAUUCUUUGUUUCCUAUGCCAACUGGUGGUGUGGCAAGAAUACCAAAGAGGCCGCAGAACAAGCCAUCUAUAAUGACCCGCAUGCGCCCAAGUCAGCACGGGUCAUCCUCAGUAUGGCCAACUCUCGCGAGUUCAAAGAUGCAUUCCAAUGUCCCGAGAAGAAACCGGUUUGCAAGCUCUGGUAG